CAGAACAAAUUCGAUUAAAGAAUAUCAGAAAAGUCUAUGGAAGAUGUAUGUGGUAUCGUUUACGGUUAUUAAAACCCCAGCCAAAUAUUAUUCCUACAGUAAAGAAAAUAGUUCUGCUUGCAGGAUGGGCAUUGUUCUUAUUCUUGCAUACAAAGUUUCCAAAACAGACCGAGAAUAUCAGGAGUACAAUCCUUAUGAAGUAUUAAAUUUGGAUCCUGGAGCAACAGUAGCAGAAAUUAAGAAACAAUAUCGCUUGUUGUCACUUAAAUAUCAUCCAGAUAAAGGAGGUGAUGAAGUUAUGUUCAUGAGGAUAGCAAAAGCUUAUGCAGCUUUAACAGAUGAAGAGUCUCGGAAAAAUUGGGAAGAAUUUGGAAAUCCAGAUGGGCCUCAAGCUACAAGCUUUGGAAUUGCCUUACCAGCUUGGAUAGUUGACCAGAAAAAUUCAAUUCUGGUUUUACUUGUGUAUGGAUUGGCAUUUAUGGUUAUCCUUCCUGUUGUGGUGGGCUCUUGGUGGUAUCGGUCAAUACGAUAUAGUGGAGACCAGAUUCUAAUACGUACAACUCAGAUUUAUACAUACUUUGUUUAUAAAACUCGAAAUAUGGAUAUGAAACGUCUCAUCAUGGUUUUAUCUGGAGCAUCUGAAUUUGAUCCUCAAUAUAAUAAAGAUGCCACAAGCAGGCCAACAGAUAAUAUUUUAAUACCACAGCUAAUCAGAGAAAUUGGCAGCAUAAAUUUAAAGAAGAAUGAGCCUCCACUUACCUGUCCAUAUAGCCUUAAGGCCAGAGUUCUUUUACUGUCUCAUCUUGCUAGAAUGAAAAUUCCUGAGACCCUGGAAGAAGAUCAACAGUUCAUGCUGAAAAAAUGUCCUGCUCUGCUUCAAGAAAUGGUUAAUGUAAUCUGCCAGCUAAUAAUAAUGGCCAGGAGCCGUGAAGAAAGGGAGUUUCGUGCUCCAACUUUGGCAUCCUUAGAAAACUGUAUGAAGCUUUCACAGAUGGCUGUCCAAGGCCUCCAGCAGUUUAAGUCUCCCCUUCUGCAGCUCCCUCAUAUUGAGGAGGACAACCUUAGGAGAGUUUCGAACCAUAAAAAGUACAAAAUUAAAACUAUCCAGGAUUUGGUCAGUUUAAAAGAAUCAGAUCGUCAUAGUCUGCUGCACUUCCUUGAAGAUGACAAAUAUGAAGAGGUCAUGGCAGUCCUUGGGAGUUUUCCAUAUGUGACCAUGGACAUAAAGUCACAGGUAUUGGAUGAUGAAGAUAGCAACAACAUCACAGUAGGAUCCCUAGUUACAGUGUUGGUUAAAUUGACAAGACAGACAAUGGCUGAAGUAUUUGAAAAGGAGCAGUCCAUCUUUGCUGCUGAGGAACAGCCUGCAGAAGAUGGGCAGAUUGAUGCCAACAAGAACAAGGCAAAAGGAGGAUGGCAGCAGAAGAGCAAAGGACCCAAAAAAAUGCCCAAGUCCAAAAAAAAGAAGCCUUUAAAAAAAAAGCCCACAGCUGUACCCUUACCUCAAGCAAAACAACAGAAGCAGAAGCAGGCAAAUGGAGUUGUUGGGAGUGAACUUGCAGUAAAGGAGGAUGAGGACGACAUUUCUGAGAAAGGCAGUGACUCUGAAGAGGAGGAAACCAAUAGAGAUUCCCAGAGUGAAAAAGAUGAUGGCAGUGACAGAGACUCAGAUAGAGAGCAAGAUGAAAAACAGAACAAAGAUGAUGAAGCAGAGUGGCAAGAGUUACAACAAAGCAUACAGAGAAAAGAGAGAGCUCUUCUGGAAACCAAGUCAAAGAUAACACACCCUGUGUAUAGUCUUUACUUUCCUGAGGAAAAACAAGAGUGGUGGUGGCUUUAUAUUGCGGAUAGGAAAGAACAAACAUUAAUAUCCAUGCCAUAUCAUGUAUGUACACUGAAGGAUACAGAGGAGGUAGAACUAAAGUUUCCUGCACCAGGCAAGCCUGGAAAUUAUCAGUAUACAGUGUUUCUGAGAUCAGACUCCUAUAUGGGUUUGGAUCAGAUUAAACCACUGAAGUUGGAAGUUCAUGAAGCCAAGCCUGUGCCAGAAAACCAUCCCCAGUGGGAUACAGCAAUAGAAGGUGACGAAGACCAGGAAGACAGUGAGGGAUUUGAAGAUAGCUUUGAGGAAGAAGAGGAGGAAGAGGAAGGUGAUGACUAAACACUGUAUGCGUGGACCACAGCAUUUGCACAUAUUUGCAAACAUCUGCUGCUUUGUAAAUUACAGUAAAGCAGAAGCAGUGAGAACUGAUGUGGAGGGAAGUGUUGGCAUCUUUACUAGAAAUGGAUACAUAAAAUAGGCGCUUGGUGAUGCCGUGAAACAAUCUGAAAGGGGGUUAUUUAAAGCCUUUCAGGUAUGGGGUGGUGCAUUUAUAUCAUCUGAAAAUGAUAAUAAAUCCUUUGUUGUUACAACUGUCCAGAAGUGUGGGCUGUGCAUUACCUAUCAGUUUACGGUCUCAGUCAGAGUACAUGAAAAACAGUCUUUGUUCAGCUUUAGUUUAGUAAACAUUACACUAUGAUAAACAUCACAUAUAUGUUUUAAGUAACAUCUGCUCAAUUUUUUUAAUCUGGUAAUAAGCCGUUAUUCAUUUAUCAAUAUUUUACAAAUGGUAAGAUUAUAACAGUUCCAUACAUGAGUUCAAACUUUAUUUUCAUCUAUCUUGGCCAUAACUUAGCAUUCUCACACAUUCCACACAAUACAGAGGGCUACAUUUUAGAAUUUUCCGUUCUUAUUGCCCAGAGUUAGCAGACAUUACAAAAGUGACUUUUAUCGGCUUAAGGCCUCUUAAAGCCUCAGUUGGUGUCUGCGCAAGAUCUCAUUCUUCUGAUAAGCUCAGGUCUGAAAGGGAUUGUGGGACCACACAUUCUCUGAUGCUUGGGUCAUGUUAUCCAGUCUUUUGCAAAGGGUCACUAUAAAAGCUGGACCACAUUCUUAGCUCUUAAUCUACCUAACUAGCAGAAGCCUUUUAAAGAAAAUAAUUACCGCAUACAAAGGAGACAUUUUUUGUAUUCAUUUUGGACUCCUGUUAAUAAAAUAGAAGUUUGACUCAUUUUAUGUUUGUAAUUGUGUUUGUCUUUUUACUCCUAGAGAAAGGGCAUAAAUAGGCUAAUCUUUUAUUUUUUCAACUAAAAGUUUAAUAUUGUACCUCACUGUAGAAGUGACUGCUAUCUCUGUAUACUCUUGGAAAACCCAGGAGGAAGAGCUGUUCUCUCAUUUAGUACAAUCUACAGGGCAGUCUCAACGCAGAGUAAUGUGUGUGUGAUGAGUCACUGAGGUAAGAAGAAUAUUUUUAUUACUAGAUACUGAGGACACAAGUCUACAAUACUCUAAAACUGAUUGCAAUAAUCCUGUCAAACUCUCCAUAGGCCAAAGUACUGUUGCAAUACUAACGACCUUGUUUAUUUAAAAGGUUGCUACUCUUCAUGCAGAAUUAUUACUGGUAUUUUGUUACUACAGUAGUUGGAAAUAAAAUUUGAAGAUUACCAAAAAUA